AUGGGGAGUGGCUAUCAGGGGCACCAGCAGGCAGCGCUGCGCCAGUACGGCCUGGACCAGUGCUCCCGCUCUCCCUGUCCCACCCUGCUGAGCCUCCUUCUGUCCCCUCUCCUGCAGGCCAUGGCCCAGGUGACAGUGUUCGCCUUGAGCAUGCUGAGCAUCGUCCAGAUGCCACCAGAGGUCGGAGAUGAGCUGGAUGCGGCUAUGCGCUGGUGCCUGCAGCAGCUGAUCCAGAAAAUGGCUCAGCUGCUUGAAGAGAUGGAGUGGAGUCCUCAGGAUCCCAGCAGAGCGGCCAAGGGAGACCUGCUCUUCGUUGCCUUGCAGCAGUGGCAGCUCGGGGCUUUUGCUGGAGGCCUGGUCCUGCUCUUUUGGCUCUGCUGGCAGCUCUGGAAAUGGAGCUGUGAGCCAGGAAGCAGCAGCGAGCACGGCAGCUCCAGAAGCCUUGAGGAGGAAGAGGAUGAGGAAGAAGAGGAAGACCCAUUACAUAUGGACAGGUUUCUGAACGAGUACCUGUUGUGGCCGCUGCCAAACAGGCAAAGAAUAUGCACGGUGGUGGAAGAGCUGGUGAACGACCUUCUCUGUGUCUGCCGAACCCUCGCUGGCAAUGACUUCAUGCCACGGCUGCAGCCAGCUGUUGGGCUGGGCAGCUUCCAAGAAGGCCAGAGUGCCCAUGAAGAAGACCUUGUCUAUUGCCUGAUUGUGCCCCUGAAGCCACCCCCCGGGCACUCCUUCCACCUCGAGCUGGGCACCGAAGGGGAGAUGCUGGUGAGGAACUCCUGCAUGCGUGUGGAACUGGAGUGCAUGUGCACAAGGGAGUACCGGCUGGGGGACAUGCUCUGCUUCCUCCACCACCCUGAGGACGAGCUGAUGAGCAGUCAGGAAGCCAGCCUCCUAGAAACCCUCUGCACCAGCUCGUACCUUGAUGUGGAGAAAACUGCCUUCUGGCUCCAAGAGCUGAUGACGGCAGCCUGCGUUGCUGUGCCUCAGGCAGCCACAAGCAAGCUAACGGUGCUGCCCUCCACACGCUUCUGCAAGCUCAAGCUGACCAACGCCUGCAAGACACCCCUCUCCAUUGAGCUGAUCUUGGCGGUGCAGCAAGGCAACUCGGACACAUUUGUGAGCAUGGAGUAG